UGAUGUUUUGUUUACCCAAACCGGAAGUGACGUUUUGCAGCGCUAUAGUGCGGUACUUUAGACUAGAACUCCUCGUGCAGCUGCUCGUGUAAAUAGUUUGUUGACUAAACUCGGGUUUGUGGUUUCCGUUUGAUCCGACAUGAAUCAGACUGCAACUGAAGAGCUGCAAGAAGCGUUUGCUGUGUUAGCUGGCAGUGACCCUGACAACUGCUCUUAUUCAGAGGGUUACAUGAAGAGACAGGCAGUGUUUGCGUGUAAGACGUGUACCCAGGCUGGCAUGGAGCCCGCAGGUGUGUGUCUGGCCUGUGCCAAUAACUGUCAUGAUGGACAUGAAAUCUUAGAACUUUACACCAAAAGGAAUUUCCGUUGCGACUGUGGCAACCAGAAGUUUAAUGAGUUCACGUGCAAACUCUGUCCUGGGAAAGACGCACUGAAUGUGAGGAACGUGUACAAUCACAACUACUUUGGACGAUACUGCUCAUGUGACAGACCAUAUCCAGAUGAAGAUGACCAGGUUAAUGAAGAAAUGAUUCAGUGUAUUGUGUGUGAGGACUGGUACCACGCUAAACACCUGGACAAUCCAGCUGUGGACUGUGACGCUCUGAUGGAGAUGAUCUGCGUUCGCUGUAUGAAUCAAGCGCCAUUCCUCUGGACAUACGCUUCCCAGUUUGAAGUUUCACCUCUUAACAAACUGAGCUCAAAGCAAGUGAGUGCUGCUUUUGUGGGAGAUGAAAAGGGAAAAUCGUGUUUAUCCCCAAGUCAAGGGAGUCAGAUAGAUGAAAUAAUGACUCCUGGCCAUCAGACAAUUCAUGUGCUUCCGGACAGAUGCAUUUUAAAAGAACUCAACGCCAAAGAAAUGAAGAAAACAAGGGAAGCUGCUGUGUUUUGGCCUUAUUACUGGAGAGCUGAACUGUGCACAUGCACCAGCUGUAAGCGGAUAUAUGUAGAGACUGGCGUUCCGUUCUUGUUGGAUGAGUCGGAUACGCUGCUUGCAUACGAGGAAAAGGCAAAAACUGAAGUCCUGACAUGUGAUAAUAUGUUACUGUCCUGCAUCUCCUCACUAGACCAUGUACAGCAACUUGAGAUGGUUUACCGUUAUAAUGACCUAAAACAAGAGCUGUGUGAGUUACUUCAACAGUCAGCUGACAAGAAGAAGGAUGUGACCCCUGAGGUUUUUCAAGAACUUUUGGAGGAACUUCAGAUGAAGAAGAGGAGACGCUUGAGCUCUGAAGGGCAUUACAGCAGCUGAUAUACUUCUGUGUAAAAGUGAAACUUUAUAGACUGCAGGCUAUUGUGGGACUUGAUGUUCAUUUUUAAAGAUUGCGUGCGUGCACAUGCACAAAUAAAACAUUAUUGUCUUGUGCAUCGUGAA